AUGGACUUCCAAAUACUCUAUGGGGCCUACGUAAGGCCCCUCCUGGAAUACGCCAACCAAGCUGUCUACUCGGGACACACGAAUGAAGUGACCCUCAUUGAGCGUGUCCAGCAGGCCGCCACGAGAAUGGUUGCCGGCCUCAAAUCCGUGGACUACGAAACGCGUCUGGCGACGCUUGAUCUCUUUCCCCUGGAGUACCGUCGCCCCCGAGGGGACCUAAUUCCUACUUACGCCCUGUUUGAACAAAGCUUGGCAAACAGAUACUUUCUGGGCCCCAAGGAUAUUUUCCCGUACGAAAAGUACAAGGCCAAAUAUGCAGUCAGUCGUAAUAAGCCACUAUUCCAAGCUGGUCUUCGUGAAAUUGAAGAAAAUCCAGAUGUCCUUCUUUACGGAAAAGAUCCGGAUGCUGAGGCUUUUCUCGCACGGUUCUAUAAGUUCGACUUCACCGGAAUCCAAACCCCACCUCAGGUGUCAACCGGUAAACGGUCUGGUGGCACCCAGGUAGCGGAUAAGGAGUACGAAAAACCGGCUAAACGUCCACAUGUGGAAACUCCAACCCAGCCAGCGCCGCCUUCAAAAAAGAAAACCACAUCCUCUGACGUUUCAAAGACGGCCAAACCUCGAAAGGUUCAAGAUAAAUCCCUCCCGACCACCAAAUCAACCAGCAACAGACCGACUCCGCAGAGAAGAGUCAGCAGACCGCAGCUCCCCGGAGCCCGCCUUCUUGGUUCUGCUCCAGCGGUGACUACUGAUAGUCAGUCAGCUACUCCUUUACGUCCGCAACGCGUAUCAUCAUUGCGUUUGCGAAUCAGAAAAGGUGCAGAUGGCUUGCAAUUCUCGCCAGCACAUGACCCAUCCCUGUCCUCUCUUUCGCCCCCCACGUCAACAUCGACUGCCAGUACGACUGGUGCAGAACAAGUUGUCGACGAAUCUUCAAAAUUGACCCAGGAACCUUUACGGAUCACAAUCAAGGCCAUAUCCGCCACAUCUGCCACGGAUGGUAAAGCUGAAUCACCUACCCCAUUGAGCACGGUGUUUUCCGUUUCCAACCCGCCACUGGGCACCACCGUGGACGGCGGUACGCCUACACCCUCAGGGACAACUUCCAGCUCGAUUUCAACGGCAUCAUCAACAGUGUUGGCGACAACAACGCUCACAACCACCGCGAGCACACUGAUGGGCGUAGGCAACAAUUCGGCGAUUAUGGCACGGAAAAAAUCCACAGCGGUUGUAACUCCCUUGCGCCGUGACAAAGUGCUCCCUCAACUAAGUGAUGAAUCAGCAGACCUGUCUUCCGUAUCCGAGGAUGAGGUCGCUGUUGGCCGAAACGACAGAAAGCGAAUCAAUGCACGCAAUGUUCCUACUAGAAGAGACAAGCACAAAGCUGUCGAUAUCGAUCGUAGUCCACUUCGGUUCCUCCAUACAGAUACGAGUGUUUCACACAGUCGCCUGAAACGAAAGAAGAAAAAGGAAAAUUCUUUAACGAAAGAGGCUGCAAAUGCCAACAUAUCGUCAUUCGGGGGUAGUGGUUCGGAAACUGGGAGUUGUUCCGCCACUACCUCCCCUUGGGCCUCAAACGACUGGUCCAAAAGUGGCUCAUCUCAGACGGGCACCGAACAACAGUCUCCCAAGGAUGCCCAAAAGAAACGCACCUCCGUUUUUCCAUCAUCUCCGCCCAGCGUUACCUAUCCACCUCCCUCUCGUUCCGCAAUGGGCGCACCGAGCCCCCUGCCACCAAGAAAACAACAGGAACAGCAGCUAAAAGACUUGGACACCGAAGCUCGCCUCCUCCUGAUUGAUCGAUCCAUCAAAUCGAGCCUCGUGCGUGACCACGAAGACAUUUCCACUUGUGUUGACCGGUUAGAAAUGCUUGAUCGGAUUCAAAUAUCCCUGCCGGUUCUCGCCAAGUGUUGGAUUGUAGUGGAGACUAUUCGAAAGUGUCGUCGCUACAAACGAUCCAUGGAAGUGAAAAUCGCUGCUCAAAAGGUCUUCAACAAAUUCCUCCAGCUGUAUGCAACCGCGGACAAAUGUGAAUUGGAUCUUGCCAACGCCGAGCUUGCAAAACACCAACAGCGUCACAUCAAACAACAUUUGGUCACAAAAGGGGACCUUUCGACCUCUGAGAACUCGGUCGUCCCACCUUAUAUGGGGCCGAAGACAAUGUCUGAGCUGUUUCAACUCUCCGCCGCCGCUCUAGCAGAACGAAGGCGAAUUGGCCAGUCAGCUGAAAGCGCCUCGACGCGCGGUGUCAUCUCUCCGGCUACUUCAUCAGUUGAUUCAAGUGACAUUGUUUCCACCCUCACUUCGUCGGAAGCGAUGAAACGUCUGAAUCUACACGUAGAUCUUGACUCCGCUGGCGCAACCUCCCGAGCUAAUAAGUUCUCUCUUGGAGACAUUCCUCUCCCAUCUGAGACAAAUUCUGCGUUGCUUAAGCCAACCGCCAUCAGCAACGAGGUGCGCCCAUCUGCUCCGACAACCGUAGGCAGUGUGAACCCCGAGGAAGAAUACGAAGUGCUGGAUGAAUACGAGGCCGCUAGUGAUCAAAAGUUUGGAAUCACAGCCAACCGACAUGCAGAACCCGCCCAUUCCAGUUCAGCACCGGCUGCUUCGAGCUCUAUCGAGUAUAUCCCAACCACAAUGGUGGAGACGCAGAUUAUUCCCUAUCACUUAGUACCGCCCCACAUGUUACCUGGCCCUAAUGGUAGCCUACCUCCUGCAUACUGUCCAGAAAAUUAUGCAUGCUCCGCAUCAGUCGCACCUUAUUCUGUCGCCUACUCGCCCAUGUCUGGUGCAGUUCCCUACUCCUUUGCUUGUCUGCCUAGUGUCCCCUACCCUCAAGUCCUCCAUCCAUCACAGCUUGGUCCACCGUACAACCCUGCGAUCAACGCGGCCGUGCAUCCUGUUAGCAUCGAGGUCACCCCUCCACAAACUGCAGCUCGUGCCUAUGUUCCUCAUCCCCUACAACCUUGUGCGGAUCCUCCUCCCUAUCGUCCCUAUUUACCGGAACCUGAGGUUGAACGACCUGCAGACUCUCCGAAACGAACAGAAUACCAUCCGUCUCAUGGAAGACAACAUCAGGAGUCGGACAAACGGUCUGGGUCUUUUCUUCACCCAAGGUUUAAAGUUAAAUCGCGUUCUCCCCUGCGCUCCUUGUCAUCCAGCAGCAGUUCACAUGGGCGUCGCGAAUCCUCAGAUCGUCAUUCUCGACAUCAUCGUUCACUGAGAACUCCCCCUCGUCGUGCUCGCAGUCCACAUGAAUUGCCUCACCCGUUGGAGCACUAUCAGCGGUAUCUGAAAUCAGCACUAACAUCUGACGAAGAUACAGAUGAAAGAGCUCCAACCUCUCAUAGACAUCAGAAGACUUCAGAAGAUCGAUACUCUACCAGUAUCACCAGCCGAUUGUUUGAGGACGGUCGCUUGAUACGCUCUCGAACGGAUAGUGACGUCGGUGGAAAGACACAAUCCAGUAAAAAUAUCACGGAAGACCUGGAUACACGUAUCGCACGGAUCAUAGGUACUGCGACUACCACAAACAAGACCCAGACUAACUCCGACGUCAAAGAUGUGACCAAAACCUCUGAUAUUCAGAAACCCCUGUUGGUCUCUCCGCCACCACCUCCCCCACCUCCCACUGCUUCCCAACGGGUCUUAUUUACUCAUCGUCCCCACCAAGGUAUUUCCUCAGAAGCAAGAAACAUCGUGAAACACGUACCAUGUGCCCCCGUUUUGCAUUCGCGCGGCCCCGCUCCUAUGUCGAAACAACACCCCCCUCCGACACCAGACUCACCUCCUCCUCGUCGUUGUCUCCCCUCCGCCCAACCGCCGAUCGAUGCGGUCCAUUCGAUCGAAUCACGUUUGAGCUCUAAGGCUGCCACACCCUCAACUACUUCCUCCACACAGCCUACGGUUUCCUCCAAUCCUCUUACUACCUCAACAACUUCAACUUCCCGCCCACCCUCCGUCGGCGUUGUACCUUCAGAAGACGAGCAUUCUGGUGCUCCACGAACUCGUGAAGAUGAUCGUGACCUUUACACUCUACUUGGUGUUUGAGUUCGUCGGAGCUCAAUUAUUUUUUUUCACCAAUUGUAUGUUUUUAUCUGCUUUGCAAUAGCAGUUUGAGGCUUGUCUUUGAAGAGGAAAAAAACAGCAUUUCUUCCAGUGCAGUCCGUGCACUUGCGAAUUGGGCUAAUGUCCUGUUUUUCGUAUGUGUCGUUGUGGUGCACAUCGUCGCAAAAAAUUUCUGCUCUAUUUCUGAUCGGUUCUUUUUUUGAUGUACAUUGUUUCCUUCCACCCCACUCUGUUUGAUCUGUGCGCGUAUUGUCGUCAGUCUGUGCACUUAUCACGCUGUCCAACGCUG